AUGGACGGCUUGGGCACCGCAGCAAGACUCGUCUGUGGUGUAGACAGGAGGGCGAGCGAGUGGCGAAGCAGCUGGGACAGUCGAUGGACAAGUGCGCCGAGAACUGAGACGACGAAGCAGCAGGCAACCUUCAGGUUCCCAGUUGUGUUGCAGAACGCAGAUGCAGAACGCAGAUGGCGCCUGGGGUUGCAGCGCGCAUGGGGCCUGGAAACCCACUCGUUCGGGGUCCUGGACGGGUCAUCUCAGGGCGGCCCAGCCACGUGA